CCCAGGUUGUCCCAUUGCAGUCAAGUCCUGGCAGUCGUGCGGCGGUCUGCCCAUCCUUUAUCUCAGUCUGCGUGCACUUCGCUCUCUCUCGAUCGCCAUGAAGUCUCUGAAGUCGCUGUCCGAUAUCUGGACUGAUCUUAGCUCGGCUCUGACAUGUGUCCAGCGCUUCGUUGUGGCCGAUGCAUCUCUUUGUGUGUGGCCCAGGAGCGUGCCCUUGAAGAGCCCUCGAUCUUGUACUGGGUCGGCGAAAUUCUCCUCUCUUGCCACCUCUUUGUCGAAUCCACGACUCGCAUGUCUCGAACAACUGGCAGCGGUGGUGCCCUGAAUCCUGGAAAGAAUACGCUCAAGGGAGAGCCUCUUGUACACAUAGGUCCGGAACGGCCUCACGGUCCUAGUCCGUAUGCCAACUUUCGUAGAAACAGGGUAUGGCUAUCCGUAACGGAUUUGGUGCAGCCUUCUUGGUGCGAGUUGUCGUACGACUACUCACUAAGGUCCAACUCCAAUUCCUCUCCAGAAAAGAGGGGAACUGGUUUCCGGAGUGCGAGUGGUAAAUGGAUCAGAAUAGACAAGGCCAUCGCAGAGCAGCACUAUCGCGUUACGAGGCGUGGUAGAUCAAUGCACAAGACGUUGGAACGUCAGGCCAGUCUACGCAGGGCGGAUGUACACUUACCGCAAGCGUUAGGUAAACUGCGUCUGGUACAGAUGCUCGAAGCCUUGGAUACACUCAAGGAAACAGGCCUUUGCCGCGAAAUACCGGUUUUGGGGCUCAUCGACGACAACGUGAUUCACGGACAGAUUGAUAAUCUGGCGUUGAAGCCUUCUCUGCGAGUGGAUACUGAAACAAAAAUUGAAGUCAUGCCCGGCCCACCGAGCCAGAGAAAGCGCAAGGCGGCCUUCAUUUUGAGGGAGCAAGCCAAGAAGGCCCGUAUGCCCUCGACUGAAUCCCAGGACACGCCGCAAGCUCUAUCCGUUGCGGCCGAUAAUGAAGCGGAACCGUUGGCGUCGCGGGCCACAAACGCUUUAGCGUGCUCGAGCCCUCACCGUUACGCGAUCCACCUAUCCGAUACGAAGACACGGACCACUCCCGAUAUUCCCCCAGACGAGGACGCCCUGGCCCAUCGGUUCCAGCUGAUGCUCUAUCACCGCUUGCUGAGUAGCCUCAUGACACGACCUUUCGGCACUGGUGACUCGAGCGAGCGGGCGACUACUACUUCACAGCCGUUGGACUUUGCUGCGGUAUGGCGCAAACUGUCUCUCAACCCUCGGCGGCCGUUCUCUGACACGUUCAUCCGUGGGGCGAGGCGUCUUCUCGAUCGUGCGGCUCGGUCUCCGACGCAAGGGGAUGUGUCGCAUACCACGCCAAGCGGGAGCGCAGAGCACAGGUACCUCGCGCUGGACUGCCUCGAUGACCUCGCUGCAGCCUGGCAAAAAGCCGUAGAACGCCUCGACGUCGACGGUAUCGACACGACGCUGACGCUGGAGUACAUACUGCAAACGACAGACAAGCCCGACGGUCUGUAUCCCGCAUCCCUGUCGCAAUCUCAGGAGACACGGCCUUCCGUGGAUGCGGAGGUAGUGGAAGGCAUCUCACAGGUGUCCGGAGAUACAGUGAUUGGGCUAUCUCAAGAUUCCGAAGCCACUGCAGUCGGGGAUGGCGACGAGAAGGCGACUAUGGGAGCGUCCGCGUCGAACUCCGACGACAAAGCGCAGUUGGUCGCUGGCAUGCUAGGUGUGAAAGAGUUCGUGAUGGACGAUCAGAUGCUGGACGACCAUCUGCGCAGCAUCUUGCAGUACUGGCAUGGACACCGUCAGCCAAAAGGGGUGCCAGCAGGAUUGGAACGUCGGUGCGAGGUUUGCGAGUACCAUCAAGACUGCGAAUGGAGGGACACAGAGGCUUCAUUCUAGGGAACAUCCCAGCUGUCUGAUUAUUUUGUUCUUUUCAUUCCACGCCAUAUGAGCACUGCUAGGUCAUUUCUCGAAUGAAGGCACAUUCGAUUAACUCACAGUUUGUGGCAUGUGAUGUGCUGUAUUCAAUUGACGUUUGGCGCUAUAUAAAGUAGUGUGCUUACCAGCCACGAAAGGAAGCAUGAGAUUCACGCGAACAGCGCGCAUCAUCAAAAGACAAGUUCAAAAAGACAGUUAUAUCCCCUGGCUUGUUCGACGUGGAUAUUAAGUUUCAGAUAAC